AUGGUGACAAAGGCUAAUUUCAGGCAAUCAGGUAAGGGUCAACUGAAGAAUUACACGGGGUCAAAAUUAAAAGGCGCUCCGGCAGAAGAGGAGGAAAAGAGCAAACAGGAGACACUUUCCCACAAUGGGCCAUCCUGCUUGAACCAGCACCAUCUCAAACCCCAGCUUCAGCUCCAGCCUCAGCACACACAUCCCCAACCACCGCUGCACCAUCCCCAAACCCAACCCCUGCAGCACCCCCAGUCCCACGGCCCCGUGAUGGGCCCGAGCUGCAGUCUGGCCGUGCAGCAAACUCUGUCCUCUUCCCAGUCUGGAUCGGUCAUCACUCAAGCGCCUUCAACCCUGACUCAUGCAGGGCCAGUUCCUGGACCGCUGUCCUCCCUCCUCCACAUGCAGAACAGACAUAGACAUCCGCUACCAGCCUCCUUGCCUGGAACCCUGCCAGAUCCCGCCAUGCAAGGAGCAUCUGCUCAGCACAUGUUCGUAAAGCAGAUGCCUUGUAUAAUGGGAAUACCAGCCCCCAUCCACAACCUCUCCUGUUCCUCGCCUCAGAGAUCCAAACAAGUGAUGGGUCCCAAUUACCAAAACCACCACUCAGGAAUGGUCACCCUCGGAAACCCCAUGGCAUCCAUGGGUCACAUCAUGGACAUGAUGUCACAACGCCACCAGGCACCUCCAUUGCAACACCACCAUCAUGCCCAUCACCAUCAUCAUUCACAGCUUCCAGCUCCUCCUCUUACAUACCAGCACCAAUGCCAUGCUCCACCUCCACAAAACCUUGGAAACACCCACAACCACCCACUUCACCAGUCCGGGAAUGCACCGCAUGCUCAGGCCCACCAAUCACCCCCGACUCACCUGCACCAGGGGUCACCACCUGCACUGCCCCUGUCUGUUCCGGCGCAGGUAUCACCGGUAGCACAACAGAUCCAGUCCUCACAGCCGCCAAACUCGCAGCAUGCAGUUCAACCAGGUGGGGGCUGCAGCGGUGGCGGAGGAGGAGGCAGUGGCAGCCGUCGCAGGAGAACAGCAGAGCAGGACCCUGAUGAACGACGGCAGAAGUUUCUGGAACGUAACCGGGCCGCAGCAACCCGCUGUCGGCAGAAGAGGAAACUAUGGGUGUCAUCGCUGGAGAAGAAAGCCGAAGAGUUGACGCACACCAACCUGCAGCUCCAGAACGAGGUGACAUCUUUGAGGUCGGAGGUGGGUCAGUUGAAGCAGAUUCUGCUGACCCACAAGGACUGUCCCGUGACUGCCCGGCAGAGAGAGUCACAGGGGUACCCCACUGCAGGAGGAAGUCCUGGCCCUCAUCUGCAGGCCGUCCAACACCACAGCAUCUCCACGUCCUCGACUGCAGGAGGCGACACGAGGCACGAUGCCUAGUGUGGACCUUUAUCUUGUAGAGGAGGGACUGAGUGGCAUAAUAGACUGAAAUAGUGUCCUCACAGAACUGCUUUAAGGCACAGAUCUGUGUCUCUUUUAUAUUGUGCACAGACUAAAGAUGAAACUGGACGGCUGAAAUUAUAAAUUCAAGUGUGUGCCCAAUUUUAUCAUCUGUUCUUCCUUGAGUUGGGAAAGAAACAGUCACAUAUGGAGAAAUACCCCGAGGUUUAUUUUCAUAUGUACAAAAAAAACUAGAUCUAAAAAGCUUUUUUCUUUCUUUCUUGAAAAUUUCACUGGAAUCUUAGUGUCUAGAUAAUUUGCCUUGCCUCUGUUGAUAGCAACAUUAUUUGUCCAAACCAACUUUUCAGUAGCACCCCAGGUCGGGGUCGACAGCUCUAGUAUCCCAUAAAGGACAAGACAGCACAGGUUUUCCAUACAGCCAGUCGCCUCAGCGAGUGGUUCCACUGAUGACUUCCUCUCGAUUCUCAACUUAAAGUCUUGAUCAUCUGGGAAAUCACCUGCCAUGGUGACCAAAACAAACAAACAAACAAAAAAUAUCUGUAACCUUCUCGGAGUGAAUGCUAUGGCCUGCUGCCAUCAAUAAGGAUGACACAGGGAUCAAAAUUCAAAAAUCAUGUUGAAAUGUACACAUGAUUCAAAUUACAGGGCGUACUGGGGGGUUUGACCCCCCCAAAUUAAGACUUCUUACCUGUAAUUGUGAAUAUUACGAUGUAUUUCCCAUAUUCAUGCCUGGAAGAAUAUUUUAAUACAAUUUCAGACACCCGUAAGGUGGAUCAUAUAAUUUCUUAACAAUGGUUAAACAUGUUGUCUGUCGGUCUCACUCCUACUAUUGCAAUGGCUCAUUUAAAUCUUUGGUCCAGUGCGCGGUGAAAGACAAAGGAUACUGUUGUAGAUUAAUGAAAGUAGCUAACUAGCUUGUUCAAUACACUUUAUAUUACUUUCGGAGGUUCUAAGAUUGUGUCAAGUGUCUACGGAUAAAAGCUAACAUUAGCUACUUUCUAAUGUUUCCUCUCAAGUUACAGUUUAGCUGACUAGCAUUAGCUAGCUAAAGCUUACAUUUAUCCCACCCAGCAUUAGUUAACUAUUAAGGACCCAUUGAUGCAUAAUUUGCACUCUGUACCACAAUAUUUGUCUAGAAAUAUGAAUUCUGAAAAGGUAUAAUGUUUACAAAGAGAAAAUGGUGACAAAGGCUAAUUUCAGGUUGGUAAAAAGCGAUGUGAAUUAUUGGUUAAUAGGAUUUAUAAAAUCAAAUAGUUUUGAUUGUUUUGAAUGCAUGGCCACCAAAGCAAACAGAACACAAAGUCAACAUCUACUGUAUAGAGUAUUUUGCCACAUGAUGUGAUAACACGUGGUGCAAACUAUUCCUUUUAUAAAUCCUGUUGCAUUAUUCAAUAAGUUGCAGAAUUUUAUAGCAAAAUUGGAGCAACUUUCUUUUUUGACGACUCUGGUAAGUGAACUUGACUUUUGUCAUCAUUUUUGCUCUUUUUCUCCAUAAAUUAAUAAAUCCAUAUGACCAGACAAAUAAUUUGGUAUGCUUUUUUAAAACAUGCUUGGAGCUUUUUAAAAUUUUGAUUGCUACAUAAUCUUUAAUUGACCCCUAUGUAGGUUCAACUGGCACACUGGGAAGAUUACCACAAUUUUUUGUGUUGGGCUUUGGUAUACUGUGACUGGAUUGUGUCAUUUUGUCACCUUAGGUGAUACGGAUUCAGUCAAAAUUAUCUGUGAGCCCAUGGACUGCAUUGCCUACUGCACACCAACUAUGCAGUCAUAUUGUCAAAGCACAUGAAUAUCAUAACUUUUUGCUUUUAUACCUUGCACUAAUUUUUAAAAAAAUGUAGAUAUGGAGCAGCUGCACCUGAAAACUCAUCUUAUUGCAAUAGAGGUGCACUGUUAUUUAAACAGCGCUGUAUUUUCUAUUGGAAAAUCUGAAAAAGAAAGAAAAAUUUUAAAAGAUUUCAAAUUUCACCGUGUUUUAAGUCAAACACACCUCAAUUAU